GCGAAGCCGUAAAUUGUUACUACCUAACCUUCACUUUCUCACUCUCUCUUUAUCUACCUAAUUCACCACAACAACCCAUAGACAGCUUUGCGGCCUGUCGCGACUCCAAUUUCUCCAACAUGACAAGAUAGACCUUGCGAUGGCGCUAGAUGCAACAAACGGCUUCGCUGCUGCCAACGGCGUGCACGCUCUUACCGAUGAGAGCUUGCCCAUCUUCGAUGUCGAACCGGUACAGCUCCAAUUCUCUAUCGCCGCCGACUUCGUUGCCGCCCAAGUCUCCAACAAUGUGCUAGUACUAGCCUUGUCUAAUGGACGAAUAUUACGCAUAGAUCUCAAUCGACCGGAGGAUAUAGACGACAUCGAUCUUCCUAAACGAGUUUCCGAGGUCGGCAUUAUCCGGCGCAUAUUCCUCGACCCUACAGCCUCUCAUCUGCUUAUUUGUACCUCCCUCGGCGAGAACUACUACCUACAUACACAGUCACGACAGCCCCGACCUUUAAGUAGGCUACGCGGCGUCCCAGUUGAGUCUGUAGCUUGGAACCCGUCGCUACCCACCUCCACGACCCGCGAGAUCCUAAUAGGUGCCUCCGAUGGAAACAUAUACGAAACGUUCAUCGAAACCUCGACCGAAUUCUACAGGAAAGAGGAGAAAUACUUAAAGGCGUUACACAAGCUUCCAGAUGGGCCAAUUACAGGAAUAUGGGUUGACAAUCUAGGAGGGAAGAUUGAUAUGAGGAGGGUGGUUAUUAGUACGCAGGGCCGUCUGUUUCACCUCGCUGGGAAAGUCGGACGAAGCGGUCAUGAAGGUAGCGGUUCGAUCUACACGAGGUUAUUCGACUCCGAGCAACCGGUUAUACAUGAGAUCUCUCGAGGCUCAUCCCCCGCUCCUUCGAUGUUAGCUAUAUCGCCGGAUUCUCCGGAUACCAACGCAUACGAAAACCUUGCCCCAGAACGAGCCUUUGCGUGGCUUUCUUCGCAUGGCGUCUACCACGGAAAACUUCUGACGGGCCCGUUGAAUAACGACUUCGGGAAUAAGGUGUUCGCGGAAUCUAAACUUCUAUCGAGAUCACAAGUGGUCACAACAGAGACGUCUGGACGGAAGAAGACGCCUUCAGAAUUCGUGGAUGCGAUCGCACUAACACAAUGGCAUAUUAUCGGCCUAGUUGGCGGCCGUGUUGUAGCCAUAAACCGGUUGACUGGUUCACUCGUCUAUGACCAACCAAUAUUAGACCAAGGGCAGAAAGCUUUAGGCCUCUAUGUCGACCAACAGAAAAACACAUUCUGGCUUUUCACUACCCAAGAAAUAUUCGAGAUCGUUGUUAGAGACGAAGAUCGAGAUAUAUGGCGGAUAAUGCUUCAGAGACAACAGUUUGAUAGGGCUAUGCAAUAUGCUCAUACUCCAGCGCAAAAGGAUGCUGUUUCAACGGCAUCGGGCGACUAUCUGGUCGAAAAGGGCCUGUUCGUCGAAGCUGCCGGUGUAUACGGUAAAAGCAGCAAGGCCUUCGAGGAUGUCGCUCUGGCCUUUAUUGAUCAUAACCAAAACGAUGCUUUACGAAAGUAUCUUAUCACGAAACUCACGACAUUGAAGAAGGCAUCCAUUAUGCAGAGAAUGAUGAUAGCGACGUGGCUAGUUGAGAUAUUCAUGGCAAAACUCAAUUCUCUAGAAGACUCUAUUACUAUGGAAGCCGAGUCGACAGAAAAUGAGAGCCGGAAACAAUCGCGGCAGCAACUUGACGUUGUUCGAAACGAAUUCCACGGAUUCGUUAAUAAGCACAAAUCUGACCUAGAUCGGAAGACGACCUACGAUGUUAUCAGCAGUCAUGCUCGAGAAGACGAGCUUCUAUUCUUCGCUAACGCCGUCAACGAUUAUAAUUAUGUCCUAUCAUAUUGGGUGCAGAGGGAACGAUGGACGGAAACUCUGAAUGUGCUCAAGAAGCAGACGGAUCCUGAAGUCUUUUAUCGGUACAGCAGUGUAUUAAUGACACAUGUUGGACACGAGCUGGUGGAAAUAUUAAUGCGACAUCCUAAACUCGAGCCAAGGAAAAUCAUACCGGCUCUUCUUGAUUACCAUAGAACCUUUACCGGAACGCUUCUCCAGAACCAGGCCAUCCGAUACCUACAAUUCGUCAUUAACCAAGUUCACUCGACAGACGCGGCUGUCCACAAUACACUCGUAUCUAUCUAUGCAUCACAAGCAUCGAAAGACGAGUCCGGGCUACUGGCGUAUCUCGAAUCCCAAGGCGAGGAACCUCAUUUCGAUCCCGAUUUUGCUCUCCGUUUAUGUAUACAGCACAAGCGAACCCUGUCAUGCGUACACAUCUACACCAAUAUGGGCCAAUACGUCCAAGCCGUCGAUCUCGCCCUUUCGCAUAAUGAAAUAGAAUACGCCUCCGUCAUCGCAGACCGACCUAUGACCAACCCUACCCUUCGGAAGAAGCUCUGGCUCGCGGUUGCUCGGAAGGUUAUCUCACAAUCGAACGGGAUCAAGACGGCGAUAGAGUUUUUGAAGCGAUGCGACCUUCUCAAGAUCGAGGACCUAAUCCCAUUCUUCCCGGAUUUCGUCGUAAUCGACGACUUCAAGGACGAGAUUUGCGAGGCACUUGAGGACUACUCGCGUAACAUCGACUCCUUGAAGAAAGAAAUGGACGAGAGUUCACAGACCGCAGCGAAUAUUAAGGUCGAUAUCAAGGGCCUCGAUCAUAGGUACGCGAUUGUUGAGCCCGGUGAGAAGUGCUAUGUUUGCGCCCUGCCGCUGCUCAGUAGACAGUUCUUUGUGUUCCCGUGCCAACACGCGUUUCACUCGGAUUGUUUGGGUAGGAAGGUACUCGAGCAGGCGGGUGUUGCGAAGAGUAGGCGUAUUAGAGAGUGCCAGGUCCAGAUUAGUAAGGGCUUGGUAAGUGGUUCGAAGAAGGACGCUAUGGUUGCGGAGCUGGAUGCGUUGGUGGCUUCUGCUUGCAUUUUGUGUAGCGAUUACGCGAUUAAACGUAUUGACGAGCCGUUUAUCACGGCGGAAGAUGAUAAGGGCGAAUGGGCUCUAUAGUAGGUGUUUGCAGUGCUAUGAGAGUUCACAUAUUUUGUGAUGUAUUGCCCAGGGAAGGGCGUUGUAUAUCAGAUAGCGAGAUGGGAAGAUAUGGUUAGGAUUCUCGUCGCUUCAAAGAGAAAGACGAAUAGGUAGCUUGUUAGAGAAAUUGAUACCCAUUCAUUUCUAUUA